AUGGGUCGUCGUCUUCUUCUACUCUCUGCCUCCAUAGUCACACUCCUCACCUUCUCUUUCUUCUCAGAAAUGGAGUCGGCAUCGUUCAAGAUAGUGAACAAGUGCCGCCACACAAUCUGGCCGGGAGUUCUGUCCGGCGCCAACACCGAACCGCUCUCUCCCACCGGCUUCGCGCUCAAGAGCGGCAAGUCCCGGACUUUAUCAGUACCCAAUUCAUGGUCGGGUCGGAUGUGGGCCCGGACCCUCUGCUCCGGAACCUCCCCCGGAAACUUCUCCUGCCUCACCGCCGACUGCGGCUCCGGAAAGAUCGAGUGCGCGGGAAGCGGCGCCAAGCCGCCGGCUACUCUAGCCGAGUUCACUCUCAACGGCACCGACGGCUUGGACUUCUAUGACGUCAGCCUCGUCGAUGGGUACAACCUCCCGGUGCUGGUGGUGCCCCGCGGCGGGACGAGAGGCGGGUGCAGCCCCACGGGGUGUUUGGUGGACUUGAACGGCGCGUGUCCCAAGGCGCUGAGGGUGGCGCGUGAGGGCGGGAGCGUCGUGGCGUGUAGGAGCGCGUGUGAGGCGUUUGGGGAACCGCAGUUUUGUUGCAGUGAGGCGUACGCGACGCCUGAAACGUGUGCGCCGUCGGUGUUUUCUCUGUAUUUCAAACAUAUUUGCCCACGCGCGUAUAGCUAUGCGUAUGAUGACAAGACGAGUACGUAUACGUGUGCCUCGGCUGACUACAUUAUUAUUUUCUGCCCUCUGCCUUAUACCAGUCAAAAGGUGUUGGGAUUACGCAAAGAUGGGGCACCGUUACCACUGGUUAAUGAGACAAUGAUGUACUUAUGAGCAGCCAACAAUAUGCUACUGGUAUUUCAUCAUUACUUCUAGCUCGGAUGCUUAAUUUGCUCACGUCUUCCUGCCACAUGUUCAAGCUUUCUGAUCAACAAUUUCCCUGACAUUAAUGUCCUGGAACAUCGACUACAAUCCCAGCGGAACAAACAGGUGUGUGAUAUUGAUGCGUCAUUUUUGCUCUCCCUCU